AUGGAUGAAAUGCUUGGAUUGCUCCGUCUCCGCAUCCCGAGGGGAAGAAACCUCGCCGUCCGUGAUGUGGGUCGUAAUAGCUGCGACCCUUACGUCGUUGUCACCUUUGCCCACCAGAAGUUGAAGACUAAGGUGGUGAAGAAUAACUGUAACCCGGAUUGGAAUGAAGAGCUCACUCUUUCCAUCAAGGACCCUAGUCUCCCCAUCUUGCUUACGGUGUUUGACAAGGACACACUGACAGCUGACGACAAAUUGGGAGAGGUGAACAUAGAUCUCAAACCCUUUGUUGAAGCCCACAGGAUGGGGCUGAAAAACCUCCCCGAUGGCUGCGCCGUCAAGAGGGUUCAGCCCACCACGGAGAACUGCCUCGCUGAUGAGAGCCCCAUCACUUGGAACCAAGGCAAGAUACUCCAGGACAUGGUUCUCAAGCUUCAGCAUGUCGAAUCUGGCCAAGUUCACGUCCAGCUCGAGUGGAUCGAUGUUCCUGGUUGCAAGGGGCUUGCCCCAGACUCCAUCACCACUAUGUAA